AUGGAUCCGUUCGAUCCCUGGCUGCAUCCCCUGGAGGCGGCCAUCAGGCUCGCUGCCGAGGAGCCCGAUACCCUGGCUAUCCACACAAAAGAAAACGGCAAGACCGAGCGCUACAGCUACCUCGAGCUGUGGCAGAAGGCAUACUCGAUCGCCCAGGAGCUCAAGGUCCUUCCUGGCUGGGACGACGAGGGCCACGAGGUCAUUGCGACCUACUGCGAAGCCGAAGCACACUGGCUCUUCUAUUCCUAUGCGCUCUGGAUCCUCGGCAAGAAGGUGAUCAACUUUGGGCUGAACUGGCCCGCUGUUGCUCGGAAGGCGCUCUGCGAAAGGCUCAGGAUCAGAUACGUCCUCUAUCACCAUACCAAACCCGGCCGAAUCGAGGGAGUCGAGGCCAUCGAUGCCGGAGUCUACUACCCGCUCGCAGCGAUCCCCGCCCCAUCGAUCGACGCCUGCCAGCCCCUCGACGAGUACAUCGGCUACCUCAGCACUUCCGGAACCACAGGCAUUCCCAAGACCUUCCAGAUUUCCCACCGCUUCAUGGAGUCUACCCGCCCUUCUGUUGGCUAUCCCAAGGGGUCGGUCGGGGUCUUCCAGGCUGCCUCGUUCUCAGCAUCCAUGGCUUGGCUUGCGAUCGGUGUCAAUACCAAGGGAUCACUGUGGCUCUCCAAGCCCACACCCAACCCAGUCAACAAGGCCCUCAGCGUCAUCUCCCUCCUAAACGAGGGCAUGGGCAUCUUCUCGUCGACGCCGUCAUUCAUCAAGAUGGUCUUCAAAGUGGCAACAUCGCGCAACCCUCGAAUCCGCUGGCCCAAAGCCGAGCGCGUGGUGCUUGCCCACGAACUCGUUCCCGUCUCUCUGGUGCACCUGGCUCGCAAGCUCUGUCCGAACGCAAUGAUUCGUUGUGGAUACGGAUCAAGUGAGUCGACGAUCAUCGGCACCUUGACCUUCUGCGUCAUCCAACCGACCGAGCCCUGCCCCUCGCAGCUGGUCUACAAGCUGACCAAGCCCAACGUCCGGUGCGUGCUCUUUGACGAGACCGGCAACGUCGUCGACCAGAGCGUCUCUCGGCACGGCGUUCUGGCCUUUGCCGUCGACAAGGACGAUCCUGUGCGCAACCACCCCAACUUUGCGAAUGCAGAUCGAAGCGAUAAACUGGCCGUCUUUGGCUUUCUGGAAGACGGCUCGCCCCGUGUAUGUACCCAAGAUUGGGUCGAGAUGAAGGGCGAAAAGGACUUUGUGGUCUUUGGCCGCUUCGGCCAAAAGGUCAAGGUCAAUGGUGUCUAUGUCGAUCUCAACGCCCUUGAGGAGAUCGUCAACCAGAACCUGAGCGAUAGCAUCGUCGAUUGCGCCUUUAUGCAGACCUCGGAGCUCAAGAUCGUGAUGCUCUAUGUCACCCGAAAAGAGUCCAAUCCAAAGCUGACCCCAACCGAGAUCCUGCAGACAGUUCAGGACCUCUUUGCUCUCAAGAACGUCUCCAAGGUCCCGAUCCACAACUGCUUCGAACUCAACGACAUUCCGUUCACGGAGGUCGGCAAGCGCGAUCUCAAGAAGCUCAGGCGCAUCGCCGAGAGCGCCGACCAGUACGGCAGAUCCGUUGUCUACCCACCGCUCGAAAUCAGCGACGCCCUGAUCUCUCGAAUUGCGGUGCUCAUCUCUCGCCUUGGGAGCCAGAUUCUCAACAUCGAGGCCCUCGACGGUCGCAACUACUACAUUGCCGGUGUCGGCUUUGACUCGCUGAGUGUCGGCCGUCUGGCCCUCGCCAUCAAGAACGAGCUCGAUGUCGAGAUCUCGCCGCUGAUAUUGCUGUCGAACGGAAUGACGCCCAUGGCCGUCGCCCAACUUGUGAUUGACAUCCGGGAUAAAAGGCCGCUGAUCCCGCCAACCGUCGAUCUGGCCGAAGAAGCCGCCAAGCUCGACGAUGCGACUGUGACGGCCGAGGGUCUCCCUCCGUUCGCCUUUCCCACAUGGGCUCGCGGCAUCGUCCUGACCGGUGCCACUGGCUUCCUGGGCGUCUUCCUGCUGUACGAACUGGCGAACAGGUUUCCUCGGGCCAAGAUCUACUGCCUCGUUCGAGCUAAGAACGAAGAAGUCGCUCUCCUCCGACUGCUCUCAAAUGCUUCCCAGCUUGUGAUUGCAUCGAGAAUGCGUGCCGACCCGCGGUACGCCGUGCGAGACCGAUUUGUGGCCUUGUGUGGCGACCUGUCGCAGGACAAGUGGGGACUCUCGGACGAGCGAUGGAAGGAGAUCAGCGAGGAGACCGACAUGAUUGUCCACAACGGCGCCGAGGUCCACUGGUUGUAUGACUAUAACAGACUCAAGGGACCCAACGUCCUUGGCACGGCGACGGCCCUGAGACUGGCCACAACCCACCACCUGAAGCCGCUGCACUACAUCUCGACCCUUGGGACCGUUCCAGCAUCCAAGGGCUCUAGCAAGCUCCUGAUGGAGAAGAUCUACUCGGCCUGGAACAUCUCUGGCGGGUAUGGCCAGACCAAGUGGGUCUCUGAGCAGCUGGUCAACAAGGCAGGCACGAUCGAGGGGAUGUCCAACACGGACGACUACAUCUGGCGAUAUGUCAAGGGAUGCAUCCAGCUCGGCAUUGCUCCGUCGCAUGCCACUCCUGUCACGAUGACCAUGGAUCCCGUCGACCAUGUCGCCAAGGUGGUUGCCGAGAUUGCCGGCUCGGAGGAGGCCCUGUCCAAGUUUGUGUUCCACAUCAGCGACCCGGAGAACAGUGUCAUCACCGAAACCAAGCUGUUUGAGAUUGCCAACGCCUUUGGCUGGCAGGUCUUGUUUGAGACUCGCGAGCAGUUCAAGGGGCUUUUGAGCGAAGCCGCGUCAAUCGAGACCAACGCUCUGUUCCCACUCAUGCACAUGAUGAUGGACAUGUCCUUCCUGCCCGACAACACCAACACUCGCGCAAUCUACCCGACGCCGUGCCGUCCUGCCUCGGUCAUUGCCAAGAAGUGCCUCAACUACCUGUUCCACGUUGGCUUCCUGCCCGAGCCCCAGAACCCAUCGAGCGAGCUCAAGGGCGAGGAGUAUCCCGAAGUCAGCAUCUUUGGCCGCACUGGCCGCCAUUGA